AUGGGAAACUUAACCACUCUAAAGAAAUUGAAUGCAUUUCUUGAAAGUGGCACAAGUGGACAUGGAAUUGCAAAACCGAAGGACAUGGAGAAGAAGAGCCUCCAGAAGCAGGUUUUAGACUGGAGUGGUAGAGACUUCAACGAAAAAGAUAAAGUCAAAGCAGAGAGGGAGCUUAAAGACCUCAAACGCCACUCAAAUCUCGAAGAUCUGGCAAUCCAUCACUUUAUAGGCUCGAAUUUUCCUUCUUGGAAGACAGAUGGUUUGCUCCAAAAUUUGGUUACACUUUCCUUAUAUCAUUGCACUAAGUGCAAAAUAUUGUCUCUCGGUCAGUUACCCUGUCUUAGAGGGCUCUACAUCAACGGGAUGCAGGAGCUUGAGGAAUGGCCAGAAGAUCAAUACACCUCAUUGUGUACGCUGCAUAUUAUAAACUGCCUCAAGCUGAGGAAGGUACCGAGCUUCAUGUCCCAUUUAAGAUUUCUCAAGGUAAAGAGGUGUGACUCGUUGAAGGCUCUUCCAAUGGCUCCCUCUCUGUUGUUUUUAAUACUUAUUAACAACCUUGUUCUGGAGGAUUGGCAAGAAGGAAAGUGCAUCGCCCAAUGUGAUCAAGGCAACCUUGUUGGCCUACCCAGUCCUGCUUUUUUUGGUCCUUUGGAAUUGAAACUGUUAAACUGCCCCAAGAUCCAAGCACUGCCUCGACUAUGUGCUCUACAAAAACGGGAGAUAAGUGGAUGUGAACUUGUAAGUGUCUUUCCUGUCCCACAGGUUGCUCAGCGUCUUCUGCAUUUAGCUCUAGACACAUGUUCUAGUGUAACACUAGUGAGGGCAAUACCCAAUACUCUCCACUCUCUGGCUUUUUACAUUAGUGGUUGCAAAUCCCUCACUUUUCUGUCUGAAGCAAAAGAAUCCUUGCAAAGCCUGUCCUCUCUCCAACUACUCUCAAUUCAAGGCUGUCCAAUGCUUGAAUCAUUGCCAGAUGAAGGUUUACCAACAGUACUUGAGUGUCUGAUGAUUGGCUCAUGCCCGCUUCUAAAGUCUCUAGGUGCCAAAGAGACCUUAAAGAGCCUCCUUUUACUCAAGGACUUGUACCUGGAAAUUGAUUCCAUCAAGCUAUCUUCCACCCAGAUGCGCCAAAGAACAAAAGAAGGAUUCGUUGAUUUGUUUGCUGUAAAGGUUAGUACGAUAUUCCUUUCUAAUAUUUUUCCGUGUAGUUGCAUGCUUUCAAAACUAAGUAUGCAAAAUAGGUUUAUCUAUGAGGAGAAAAAUGACGGACAAAUAGUGUCAACUCAUUACCCAAGGGUUAAUAUCAGUGACUGCAAAGGCCUCACUUCUUUGUCUGUAGAAAUAGGGUCAUCGAAAAGCUUGUCCUCCCUCAAAAUGCUCUCUAUCCGAGGCUGUUCAAAGCUUGAAUCAUUGACAGAUGAAGGACUGCCAACAGCAAUUGACGGUCUGGUGAUUGCCUCAUGCCCCAUUCUAAAAUCUCCAGAUGCCAAAGAGACCUUAAAGAGCCUCUUACUCAAGGACUUAUAUUUGGAUGAUUGUCCCAGUCCUUUCCUUGAGGAUGGGCUACCUACCUCUCUUGGCCAAAGAUCAUGCAUGUUAGAGACCAGGGCUGUAAAGUUAAUGGCGAUUCAAGGAAUUGCUUUCGAGAUUCAAGGAUACAACAAUCAACCAUACUUGUCCAGAGGCAACAGAAGGAUAGAUAGCAUUUCAAAUCAAGGUCAUGAUCAACAACUACCAUUCUGCUAA